GGGUUACAUAUUCUUGAAUAAUUACUGGUAGUUGUACAAUGUACGAAUUGUUGCACAUAAGUGGGGUUAUAGUAAUUUAUUUAAUUUCGUGGUUAAAAAUUACAACUAAUAAUGAUUUAGGUACCAAAUGGCUGCCAACACUAUCUUCUGAAUAUCAGCCUAUCUGAAUUGGAACCGGAACUUACAAGCAGAUAGUAGGUACAGAAUAACUAAUUUAAAGUUUUUCUGUUACGUGUGUUUGAAUAUUAGUCUGCGCCCUGCGGAGUGCAGAGUGUAAAUUGUGACAGUGACGUUUCGGAUAAUAAUUUUGAACCUACGAUCCACGUCGUUGUUGACAGUUGUAACUUGUAAGAUUCUUACUUCUUAGUAAUUUAAUGGUUAGAGAAAUGAAUUUUAUUGUAACUUAUGCAGUUGAAUAAAAGUUUUAAAUUUCAAAUAUAAAUUCACAAAAUAUUUAAUUAUAUACUAAGAGAAGUAAUUUCCGUAGGACAAAAAUAUAUAAUAACUUUCAUGCUUACUAAAAAAAUAUCGAGUGUUGUUAAUAGGUGUAUGAAAUAUUCUUUUCACAAAAUAUUUUUAACCAAAAUGGCAAAAAGCUCUUUUGAGUAUGUGAAAAAUUUUGAACAAGAUGAUGCGUUAUUACCAAAUACUUGGAUUGUGGUUAGACUGGAUGGUAAAUGUUUUCAUAAGUUUUCAGACGAUCAUAAUUUUGAAAAACCUAAUGAUAUUAGAGCAUUGCGAUUAAUGAACUACGCCGCAUUUAGCGUAUUGAAAGAUUUCAAUGAAAUUUGCAUAGCAUUUGGACAGAGUGAUGAGUAUUCAUUUAUAUUGAAAAAAAAUAGUACACUUUAUAAAAGGCGUGCAGCAAAAUUAUUAACGACUAUAAACAGCAAGUUUUCAUCGUCAUAUGUUUUUUACUGGGCUAAAUUUUUUGGUAAAGAACCUAUGCAAUACCCUCCAGCAUUUGAUGGCCGCAUUGUUUUAUAUCCAUCUAAUGAAAAUCUAAUUGAUUAUUUGAAGUGGAGACAAGCCGAUGUACAUAUUAAUAAUUUAUAUAAUACUACAUUUUGGACAUUAAUACUAAGAGGUCAACUAAAUCCAGUUGAGGCCGAAAAGAGACUGUGUGGAACUGUUUCAGCUGAUAAAAAUGAAAUACUAUUCAAAGAAUUCAACAUAAAUUAUAACAAUGAACCAGAGAUUUUCAAAAGAGGAACAAUACUGUUGAGGCAAAUUGUCAGUGAAGAUACAUCUGAUAAAUCAGUAGCAGCUGUUGUUGAUAUUCAUGAUGAUAUGUUAAAAGCAAAGUUUUGGCAGAGGCACUGUGAUUUAUUGGAACCUAGGUCCAAAAAAUUACUGUCAUAUGAUGGUCCAAUAACUGAUAUGAUAAGAGAACAGAUUCAGAUUAAAGAAAAUACAAUAUAAUUUUGAAAAUAAAAACAUAUAUGUAUACAGUA